GAGGACUAAACGAUAGGAUGGGCUAAGGUAACUUUUGGAUGGGCUUGAGCCCGCCCCAAAAAGGGCUAGCCUCGCCACUGGUCCAGGUCCAUUGAAAGUGCUGUGGAUUUAAAGUGUGAGCUGAGUGUUGCAGCUCAAUGUGUCUGCAGAAAUACUUUGACACUGCACCAGCCUCUGUCUGCCUGAUUUGCACCGUUUCUUCGCCUUUUAGAUGAAUCCAUAAUUAGUUUAGAAAAGCGUCUUUUCAGAGAAACUUUCAGGAUGUUUUUCUCCGCGCUGCUCAUUCUUGUCGGUUUUGGUUCGUUCGGUUCUGUUUCGGGGUCUCCCGCUGUGGAUGAAGCGUACCGGGCAGUGGUCAGCCUUGUGUCUCCGGGACAGCAGCAUCUGACCGGGGACUCCCUUCGCUCCCUCUUUAAUACACUGGAGAAACGUGUGCAGUGCGGUGGAGUGUCGUGUGAAAAGUGCAAUCUAACAGACGCCGUCCACCAGCUGAUCAGCAAUCACUCCAUCCAUGAAGAACAUGAGGAUGAAAAAGCUGAAGAAAAUAUAACCAUCGGUGUAUCUCAGUUUCCUGCUCUCGCUGCAGGAUGCGUCCUGUACCUUACAUCUCCUGGCCUGGUCUGCAAUGCGACAAGGCAUGGGAGAUGGGCAGAGGAGAUUGAACAUUUCCUGCAUGAAAUUACACACGAGGAACAUGAGGAACAUGAGGCACAUGAGGAACACCAUGAACAUCGGAAUGAAGACAGCGAGCCACACCACGAACACGAGCACAUAGAUGUUGAUAGAUUAAUGGUGCUGUUUGGAGAGCUUCGUGACCACUAUGAGCCUCUAAAGAAUGAGAACUGCAUAACAGCCAGUGACAUCAUGACAGAGGCCAACGCAUCAUCACCAGGCCAGACACAGGAAGUGGAUGCAGUUUUGGGCCGCAUCCUUUAUUACGCUUUGCAAGGUCGAUGCUUCCUUAAUAGAGCACUGCCUGAGGAGAGCUUCUUCGUGAACUACAUCUUGAACCGUCUGGGGUCAGAGAACUUCACCGUCGCAGAUUUGGAGACGCUCAUGAGGAUCCUGAACCUCGGACCUGAUAUGGAUGCGACCCACGAACAUGGACAUGAGGAAGAACAUGGACAUGAGGAAGAACAUGGACAUGAGCACCACGAAGAUGAACACGCUGAUCACGAUCAUAGCGGUUCAAAACGGAGGAAGAAGAGCAACCAUGAACAUCACGAGGGCCAUGAAAAAAACACCACCUGGGAUAAGUUCUGUUUCUCGGCUGAAGAGCUGGUUCGGAUCUACGGUCUGGCAGAUAACGGCUCUGCCUCCUCUGGCCUGGGGUCGUCCGGCUUGACCCGGCUCAGCCCUGCACUUGUUCAGCAGAUCCUGAGUGGGGCCUGUGCAGACAUCCCACAACCACCAAGACCAGAUGGGCUCACCACAGCUGAGAGAUACAUCUACGCAACAAUUGCCAAUGUGGUGAUAACUCUGACGUCCAUGUUUGGCAUUGUGAUCCUGCUGUGUACUUCCUGUACCAGUGUGUUCCAGUUGUGCAUCCAGUUCUGCAUCAGCCUGGCUGUAGGGUCUCUGACUGGAGAUGCACUAUUGCACCUGCUACCGAUGUUUUUAGGUUUGCAUGUGCACUCAGAUGAAACCAGCAGCAAGCAUUCACAUGACAGUCACAAUGAAGAAACUCCAGACUACAUUUACAAGAUGCUGGUAGUGAUCAGCGGGAUCUACUACUUUUAUCUGAUGGAAACAAUCUUUUCUCUGAUCACGUAUAAAGAAAAUCAUCACCAUCAUCAGCACCAUCACGCGGAAGAAGCAGAGCCUCACCACUGUGACCACGGGAGGGUUUUAGAGAUGUACCAACAGGAAAGGAAACAAAAAGACAAGUCACAAUCAGCAUCAAAAGCAGAACUGUUUCAGGUCGACUUCGAAGAUGCGGAGCCAAAAGAGCGCACCAGAGAACAGCGUCUGCUGCCUUAUAUGAUAACUAUCGGUGAUGGGAUCCACAACUUUGCAGACGGCUUAGCGAUGGGCGCUGCAUUCUCCCUGUCAUGGAAGUCAGGUCUGGCCACAUCACUAGCUGUACUCUGCCACGAACUACCACAUGAACUGGGUGAUUUUGCCAUUUUACUCCACAGCGGCGUGUCCGUCCGCAGGGCGUUGCUUUUAAACGUCGGCAGUGCCAUGACCUCAUUCGUCGGCCUGUAUAUCGCUCUGUCUGUAGCCACGGACCUCGCUACCAAACAGUGGAUAGCUGCCAUCACGGCAGGACUCUUUCUGUAUGUGGGACUGGCUGAUAUGCUCCCCACUAUGGUCCACAUCAGCAACAAGAGACCCUGGCUGAUGUUUCUGUUGCAGAAUAUUGGCCUUCUGACUGGGUGGGGUAUUCUGUUGGUGUUGUCACUUUAUGAGGAGAGAAUCAGCUUUUAAAACAGUCACACGUCGGUCUGUUCAGGGGGUUCACUUUGCUUCUGGUUUAAUCUAUGACUGGGUGUUUAUGGGUUUAACUCAUGAAUGACCACAAUGAGAGCCCCAGAGACAGAGUGAAAAGGCUGAAGUGGCUAGAUGACACUUGUUCCCACUAUCCAAACGAUAAACUGUCAAAUGGGGAACUAAUCCAGCCAUACGAACUUCACAAGCCCUUGAUCACAAAUGUAGCUUUUUGACCCUGUUUUGAAUAUAGUUCACGUGUGGACUCCCUGUGAACAUUUUUCUAUAUUUUAAUCAAGACAGCAGGUCGUCAAAAACUUAAGGUGCACAGUAUGUGGUGGUAGGCAAAAUAUUAUAUAAAACUAGUAAUGUUAUAACUUUAGCACUAAAAUAACACUUCUCUGACAAAAAGUGAAAAUAAGUUUAAGUUAUAUAAAAGGUAGGAUUUAUUAAAGCACUUUUGGAGUUGGCUGCUUUGGAUGUAGCCAGUAGAAUGAGUUAAACUGGAAUCUCAGUAAUGUUUAAAUGAUUUACUUUGUACAAAUGCUGCAAUUUGACUCCUCGCCCUUUAUGACUCAUUUUGUAGCUAUUCACGUGCACUCAGCUGAUGUUUUACUGACACCUUAAAGUUUUUUUAAUAGUUAGAUGAAAGUCAGCGUUAGACUGUUGCACUGUGACCAAAGGCUGUUUUUUCUGGUAGUAAAAGUAUCCGUUAGGCACUGAGAAGUGUGUAAAACAGCUUCGUAAAGUUAUUUUUGUUGUGCUUUUUAUUAAAAAGGUAUAAAAAGCCUGUUGAUGAGUAACAAACACUUGGAACACUUUGUCCAUUUGUCAAAAGAAAGACGAUACAGUUUGACUUUGUAUAUUAGUAUUGCUGCAGCGAUUAAUAAAGAUAAAUUGUCUAAAAAUGUGUGAAUAUAUGUUGGUAUAUACAGUCUGGUAUACAUUAUAUUUUGUAUUCUGCCUUGUUUGGAAAAAUAAAACUCUUUUAAAACCUA